AUGAAGAUUCUACUUCAAAUGGGUGAAUAUGAUAAAGCUGAACGAAUAUUUCUACAAAUGGACCAUGAAGAAGGACUUAUUAGUGUUGCAGAACUUAGAGGAAACUUUUAUUUAGCAAUGAAACAAUACGAACGUGCUAUUGAUCAUUAUAAACAAUCAUUAAAACUUCGUCAGAAAUUAUUGUCUGCACCACACCAAGAUAUUGCUAAGAGAUAUAGUGCCAUUGCAAUGGCUUAUGAAUUUUGGAAACAAUAUUCAGAAUCUGUCGACUAUUAUCAACGAGCAAUUAAACAAUAUAAUCGUACAUUGAAAGACAAUCAUCCAUUGAUUAUACAAAUUAAAGCUAGUUUGAUAAAACUUCAACAUAAAAUAAAUCAUUAA